AUGCCUAAUCUCUUCCCCAUCUCUAGACAGAGGCCCAGUCUUCCAUGGAGCGAAUAUUUCAUCUUGAAUUCGACCUCGGAGGCGAACGUGAGGGCCUUAACAGUAGUGCCCCCGCUCCCGUUCCAAGACCCUUUGUAUCUCUGCGUUACGCCUCGUAUUUGCGCUACAUUUGACAAGGACGAAGAGCAAUGCUCCAAGCUCCUCAAUACCGAGGACUAUCAGCUGGAUGAAACCAGCGCCAAGAUAUUUCUGGAGGCGUUAAAAAGGGCUGGUCCUUCCGUCCCUGCUGUUCGCACGACGGGGGGGAACGACGAGCCGGGGGACCGAUGGGAUACCUGGAGCGGACAGUCCCCCAGAGAGACGCCAGGCAUCCUGUUCGCGGGCCGUGAUGUACAGUUCGACUUCGAGGUCCUGCCUCUCAAACACCUUCCUCGGCAAUUCGACACUACCGUGUUCGACGAGCUGCCAUUGAUACGCCAGUUGAUAUUGGACUAUACCUGGAAAACUUGUAAUACGGCUAUUCUGUACAUACAGUCGGUCCGAGAGGCAAUGCCUCGGCUCCUCUCAUCGGGUAGAAUAUUCCGACAACCCCGUUUGUCGUGUAUCGAAGACCCUUCGCCAGAUCCGCUAAUCGAGUCCUUGAGGCCCUCUACCGCUGAUCUGCAGGCGCUCCCGGUGUUGCACGAUGGGGACCCGAAUCCAAAGGCUGUGCCUGAAACUGACGACGGCGAGUGGGACGACGAGCCCUCGCUCGAGCUAGACAUGGCUACCGCCACGCCUGCCGUCAUAUCGAACGACGUCAAAGUCAUCCUGAUUGACCCCUACAUCCUCAUCGAUCGAGACGGGCCGUUACAAACCGCGCUAACUCAUAUCUUCCCCCCAUCCCAAUACGCUUUUUCGGCAAAGGAAUUACUCGACCUCUACGUGGAGUAUGAAACUCUGAGACGCUCCGAGGGACAGCCGGAUUCUGCGAUCAACACCGUGCGCAGCAUCGUGCAGUACUUUGGCGUAUCCGUGGAUGACGCAACCAUCAGUGACGCCUUGGAGUCCCAUGGGAAAUCGAGACACUAUCCAGAUGGUCAGCGAUUUAUUUCCGAGCUCGUAGAGCAUGGAUACACACUCGUUGCCAUUCCGUCUGCUGCCAAGGAAGCAAUUCCUCAAUACGAAGGUUUAUCGCUCGGCCUAUAUUCACCUUCGCUCGGCCCAUAUUCACCUUCGCUGGGCCCACCAUCGCAGCAUUCGCUCUUAGAGCCGUGGGCGUACACUCUCCCGUUCUGCAAGCAACUCGACCCCGAAAUUCGCGCCGACCAGAUCCUUGUCGUCUCCUCAAACCUCUAUGGCGUCUGCGAACCUGCGAGCAAGGCUGGGUUCCCCACAGCCUUCGUCAAGGUCGCAUCCACACGAAGCGCGAAACUGGAUAUCCCCACCAUCGCGUCGACGUAUACUCUGGGAUCCAUACACGACUUGCUACCUACUCUACGCGAUCCAUCAACGUCCACGAUGCCAGAAGAGCCCGAGGUUUCCUAUGACAAUCCGCCGUUCCGCCUGAAGGAUAAUUAUCAGUGCACGUUUCUGCUAGGAAGCGGGUCUUUUGCCUAUGUCUGGAACGGUGUUCACCUACACACGGGGGCAGGCGUGGCACUAAAAUUCGAGGUGAUCGACCCGUCUGUGCCAUCGUCAUUGCCCUACGAAGCAGCUGUCUACGCUCAACUAAAGGGCGUGGAGGGCAUCCCACGUAUUCACUGGUUCGGGCAGGACAAGAACGCGAACGUGCUGGUCAUGGACAAGCUCGGACUCAAUCUCGAACACCUGCGGCGCUUCUGUAGGGGACAAUUCGGCUUGAAAACUAUCUUGAUGCUCGGCGAACAGAUGCUUUCGACGAUCGAACUCGUUCAUGCGCGGGGGGUUAUUGUCCGUGACAUCAAACCCGAGAACUUCGCAAUGGGGUAUUUGGAAGAUUACCAACGGCUCUUUCUGUUUGACAUGGGCUUAUCUAAGCUGUACCUCGAUCCGAGCACCGGAGAACAUAUGCCCUUCCGCGAAGGGCGUGGGGGGAUUGGGACGCCACGAUACGCUAGCAGUAAUGUCCAUUUCAGUCUAGAGCCCAGUAGGCGAGACGACGUCGAAGCGAUCGGGAUGCUUCUUCUCUAUCUCUUACACGGCCGCCUCCCCUGGCAGGGCAUAUGCGCCCCAGACAUCCCCGCAAAGCUCCGUCGCAUCGGCGAGAUGAAACGGGGAGAGCACUUCAGAGAGCUGCUCGCGUGCUCGCCGCCGUGUUUCGCGCCGUUCUUUGCGCAUUGCCGCGCGUUGGAGUUUGAGGAGAAGCCGGACUACGGGCUUUUGAGGAAGUUGCUGGGAGAGGAGAUGGAGGCGGGCGGGUGGGAGUAUGACUGGAAAUACGACUGGUGGCAGCCAGGCGAGCGGGGGACCUUGCUGUCCGAUGAGUACGUGGUCCAUCCGCGGUUCGUGGAGCCGUUAAGGCGUGCAUUAUAUUCGUGGUAA